AUGACAGAAAACAUUCUGACGGAAGAACGAUACAUUCGGGAUAUCACUACGUUUGCCAAUAGCUCCAGAGGAGAUACACCCUUCGGAAUCACGGCCAAACAAUCUGCAAUUUGUCGUUUCGAUGAUCAUAUUAUCAAUAGACAAUCUCAAUUUCAAUACAAUAGAAAGUUGGUUAGACUCGAGUUGUGGUUCAUGUUCUAUUGCCGAAAUGGCCGGCCAAUGAGAGUUCGAGAAAUCGCAGAGAUUCUUGGCACAAAGCCAGAAGAGAAUGAUGCGAUUGUGAUCGAAUUAUCGACGCAUCCAACAUUGGGAAUACCGUACUACAAACUGUAUAAAAAUCCAGAAUAUUCCGGUGAUCCAAUGGGUGGAAAAGUGCCCGAUGAAGAGAAUUAUGUAGAGAGGUGGAUUUCAGCGUUCGGAGCCGAAGCAGGUCUAGUCCAAAACCUUCAAAAAAUGUCAACCUAUUCAGAAUGCAAUUCGUCGUGCAACCAAUCCACGACUAGUACCGAAGAUUCCUAG